AUGGCUUCCUUCGCACACCUGCUCCUGCUGCUGCUGGGCGUGGCCUCGGUGGCUGCCCAGAACCGGAUCCAGACGUGCAUCCCACUUGGGGGGCCCAUGCUGAACGCCUGCUCGGCGGAGCUGGAGUAUCUCAACCAGCCUGAUCAGUUCCCUCUCACCUCCACCUCUCCACCGGAUGAUGCCAAGGUCCAGUCUGUCAUCUCCGGCCUGCCGGCGGGACUGCCCAGCGCACCAUGCUGUGCUGCCGUCCAGAAGUUUGACACCGCCGGCUGCGGCUGCGAGUCAUCCCUGUCCCAAACGCUGAAGGCAGUGGGCAUCCAGAGCGAGCCUGCAGGCCUGGCAGGCGUGGUCAAGAUUGCUGGCACCGCUUGCAAGUUCCAGCCCUUCCAGUGCCAGUAA